CCGAGCCCGGGCGUCCGCGAGGUGGGGGCGGGCGGCGGCGGGGCUGUACCCGGGCUGGGGACUCACGUGGCCCCGAAGGGCCCCCCACCCCCCUUUGCCCCGGCAGCGCUCCCUAGCCGCGGCCAGUCGGGCGUCCCGUAGGGACUGGGAGCUGCCCGAGGGGCCGUCGUCGUCGCCAGCCCGGUAGCCCGGAUGUCGCUGCCCCCCGCGGCGGGGCCGCCGAAGCUCCUCUAGGCCCCGGGAGGAGGCUCGUCUUAAAGGGACAGCGCCGAGUUCUUGCCGGAAUGGGCGGCGCGUCCUGCCCUCCGUGCGCGACCCGUGUCCCGAGGAGGGGACGCCGCGGCGCCCGCGCCAUGGGCCCCCUCCUCCGGGCGGGGCGCAUUUGGAGCGCGGCGCGCCCUGCCCCGGGAUGGCCGCAGAUGGCCGCCCAGAGGCUGGGUUUUCUUGGGCCCAAGCCGUGGCCGGUGGCGCCGCGCGGGGCCGGGAGGCGCCGGCCUGUGAUUGGCCGAGGCCGCCGUGAAUGCAGGACAUUGUCUGGUCGCGGACGUCUCUGUCCCUGCCCGCCGCCCUUCCACAGACCAAGAUGGGUGCGGAGCGAGGGCUCUGGUCGCCAGGGUACCGGCGGCCAGGGAGUGCCUUCAACAGUGGGAACACCACAGUGGGAAAACGUAACUUUUACGAGAUCACGGAUUCUGAGAAUGGCAAAAGGUGAGCCUGUGGCUACCAGAGCGCCAUCUGUGCUUAGUUUGCUACCAAAAGUCAAGCAUGCCUGUCACCUUUGAAGAGAAACACCCCCUGAAAUUUGCAUCUCUAUUCUCUUUUAACGAGACGUGGACAUGGGCAGUAGCACAUGGGAAAGUCCGCUCACCUUCUGCUUUUCGGCGUUUUCUCUUUCUCUUCGUUCUUUUUCUUCUUUCAGGCCUAUGGCUUCAUGGGACCCCGAGAAUACCGGCUGGCUGUGUUGGGUACAUCGAGUUGGUGUCCAUCCAGCAGAGGUGCUGGCGUCCACAGUCAGUAUUGGCCGAAGGCUGCCAAGUCACUCAGAUCUUCAGAAGACGGAAAAAGGAGGGGAGACCAAGAAUGCGUGGCAGGAAUCUGGGGGUUCAGUAGCAUAAAGCUGAGAGAAAGGGCUGGUACUUUCAAGACCCCCCCCCCCGCCCCCGCCGCUUUCUUCUUCAGUCUGUACCUUCAGCUGAGAAGUGGCACAUCCUUCAUGACAAUCAAGGGUAGAGGGUUGCUGCCUCUCACAUUCACCUUGGCCUCUAGAGGCCUGGUGCUACAGGCAGUAGACAGGUCGUGCUCCUGGGUAGCUCUGCCAAAGUCCGGGGGAAAGGGGCUUUCAGUCUCAAAACAUUCCCUGUCAUUGCUUGUUCAUGGUGCCUGUAUUGGGAGGGUUAAGAAAUUAGAAAUAAAAUUAUUCUGAAGGGGAUCACUUGCGACUCAUUAAUCCAUGUGAUUUCUGAUGCUCAUUAUCACUGAAAAUUGAGUUGCCUAAGUCUGUUUAACUUUUGUGAUUAAGGAUCAGCACUAGGAUUUGAGGUUCCGGGGACAGAGAGGGAUGAAAGAAUCGUGUUCAGCUAUCCUCCGCCCCCACCCGCCCCACAACCAGCACCCAGUGCUCUUUGUCCUUGGCCAACAAAUGCUUCUCCAUUUCCCGUAAAACACUGACAGGGAGGCGGACAGCACAGCGUGGAGGACAGGCCAGCGUUGGGCGACCCGAUCCACAAGUCCUGCUGCCACCAAUGUCUUAGUCCCUAAGGCACCUAGAGGGGCAGGUCUGACCGAAGCCUGGUCUCAUUAGCCAGGGGUUGUCUUUUUACUUUAUUGUAGUUUUACAGUGUUCCAUAUUGAAGCUCUUACCAUCUGAUAUUUUUCUUUCUUUUUUUUUUUUUUAAGAUUUUAUUUAUUUAUUUGACAGGGAGAGACACAGCGAGAGAGGGAACACAAGCAGGGGGAGUGGG